UUCUCAAUCCACAUUAUUAUCGCAAAUGAAGAAUCCUAUCAUUCAGAAUCCGGCCAUGGCUCACAUGUCAAACAAAUGAUGUCAUUCCCUUCAAGGACUAUCACGUCAUCCGACGUCUGUAUGUAGUGGAAAGUCUAGUUUGAAAACUCUACAUCAUUAGUUCAAUAUCUGGUACGCCAGCUUGUCUUUUCGUCACAUGCCUUUAUAUGGAGCGGCACUGAGUUCAUGGAUUCAUCAGAGUGACGUCUAAUUACAAAGUAAUCAUUUGAAAGCUAGAGGUUCCUCACAAACUACAGGUCCAUCGACACUAUCUAUUCUUAAGUGAAUGUGAUCGAUGAGUUGUAUUAGCGUUUGUGGAAUACUUCCUCUUCGUCGAUAGUGGGAACUGUUUCUGAUGCAUGAUUCUCUUGUGACUGACUUUUUUUAGCUGCACCCAAUUCGCUAUACAUAUCGACGGCAGACGUGAGCAUUGUGUUGAAGCCAUGGUCGGUAACCACAGGAUCGCAGCAGGUUGGGAAAUGCAGGUUCUCCAUGGCGAGGAUCACGAGGGGCACCCAAGAUUGAUGAAAAGAAAAACACUGCUGAGAAUGCAAGGCGGUGAUGGUGAAGGAAGCUACUCUCGUAAUUCGGGCAUGCUGCAGGGUGGGACGUUGCGUACCAUCGGUCACAAUCUUGCGGACGAAAUCAGCCAGCUUGGUACGCUUACAGAGGUUGGACCUGUCCGCGUUGCAGAUUUCGGGUGCUCUUCCGGCGCGAACGCCCUCGAGUGGGCCGACCUGUGCGCUUCGUCCAUCGUUAGAAAUUACCACCAAAUGAAGUCUGUACCUGCUCCUGAGAUUCAGCACUUUUUCUCCGACCUCCCAUCCAACGAUUUCAAUUCCCUGUUUCGGGAGCUUGUCGAAUCGAAGAGACCUUAUUUCGCAGCCGCGGCACCAGGGUCAUUUCACGGCCGACUAUUCCCACAGCAUUCUAUCCAAAUUGCCAUCUCAAUUUGGUCCUUGCACUGGAUGUCAAAAAUCCCCGAGACCGUGCUCGACGCAUCCUCUCCAGCUUACAACAAGGGCCAAGUGUGGUUAGACAGCCGUAAUCCCUCGAAAGCAGCAGCAUACAGUCAAGUCGCAAGACACGACCUGCUUAGCUUCUUCACCCACCGCGCUUGCGAGCUUGAACCCGGUGGCAUCGUGUCCAUGAUGUGCAUGUCCAGAGGCGAGCAUGAAAAACCCGAGUUACAGUGUAGUGACGAGUUCCAGGAAGCGAACCCCGGCGGAGGCUUACUCGAACAAUCAUGGGAGGAGCUCAUCGCUGAGGGCGUGAUCUCCCCCAAGGAGCUAGACACCUUCAACAUUCCAGUCUACCACUUGAGCAUUGAGGAGAUCAAGGAAGCAAUUGACCAAACGUCGGCGUUCGAGAUCAAGCAACUGGAGGUCCGACGAGACCACCUGUAGCUGGCAAAAGGGAGCACCGGAGAGCGGAAUUUUCUAGAUAAUCCAGAAUCCUACGGCACCUGGGCGAAAAACAGGAUGAAAUCUCUGCACAACCCGCUUGUGGAAGCUCAUCAGCUGUGGGAGCGUCUUGAGCGAAAUACCACAGCCUUCACGAAACGCACCCGAAAGGUGUGUUUGAGCAUGCCUGGAUCCCACUUUGUCUUCGUGAUCCUCCGCAGGAAAUAGCCCCACGUCCCAUCACGUCCACAUUAUUUUUUCUAGAAACCUGCAAAUCUAGCACGAAAUCCUCGCAACCUACACGGUGACUUUCUCUUCCCCGCUUUGUGAGUUGAAGCUGUUUGUCCAUGAUGAAUUGCGUUGAACUUCAUGGACUCUCAGGUUCUCUGCUGAGUUGGAUCUCAGAAUACGUUUAUUACAAGAUUCUUUAAAGUAGUUAAAUUUACUUAAAAUUUAAUUUAAUAGAAAUAAAAAUAUUUUGUUAUCAAUUCUAUUUUAACCAACAACAAUGAAUUAUAUAGUAGGAAGGAGUUGAAAACCUAAUGGUGGCUAAAGCUUGUACAAUAUAUAAUUAAACUGUCACCUUGUUUUAGUUGCACAAUAAAGAUACAAUUGGAGUAUAUUUCAAAUAUAGUAUUAUAAAUUCUAAACAUAAUAAGGAUAUUAGAAUAUUUUUUAACCUUUAAUAUUUGUUUAAAAACCAAUGUAAUAAAUUUUCAUGUAAUUAAAGCAACCAACAUUAAAUUCUUACUUCA